AUGCGAUUGAAGUCUGUUUACGCGGGCAAUUGCAAUGCAGAAGUCGCGCGGGAGAAAAUGCAAAUGAAUAAAAUGCAGAACGGCAAGCCGAAGAAAAUGGCGAAAAGACUACUGGCGAAAUCGCCUCUGCUGCGUCCGCUACCUGCGGUUGCUGUGUCAACCGCCACAGACCAACCUUUGGAUGGAACCAGGCCGGGCCAUGGCCGUGACCCAAAAUUCCCCGAUCCAAGUGCUCCAGCCACGGCGAACGCGAGAUCCAAAUCAAUUAAACACGAUAUCACGUGUAGACCCGCCCUAGACGCGGAUGUUCGUGCUGGGUCGCGUCGUCUGGUGAACUGCGCUGGACCUGGUGACUUUGGCCUUUCAACGACAGACGACCGCAAUCCGGACCACCGCCCGGCGCCAAUGCGACCGUAG